AUGUCCGGCUCUGCGCCCCCGAACCCCGCGGGACCCCCGAACCCCCCGAACCCUUCGCGGACCCCCUGGCCGCCCCCCCCUCCCCCGCACCGCCUGCGGGCCCUGGCGCGCUCCUGGCUGGACGAGGACGCGCCCUGGCCCGACCCCACCGUGGCGCCGCUGGGGAACGCCGAGAUCCGCGCCCACAUCCUCGUCAAAAACCCCGAAACCCCCGCAUUUAACCCCGAAACCGCCGGAUUUAACCCCGAAACCGCCGCAUUUCACCCCGAAACCGCCGCAUUUAACCCCGAAACCCUGAUUGUGUGGGCGCGCCGGGCCGGGGGCUUCACGCGGAAAUUGGGCGUGGAGUGCGCGAGCGCCGAGCAGGCGCUGGAGGCGGCCAAGGCCGGGGCCGAUGUCGUCCUGCUCGACAACCUGAGCCCAGAGGAGCUGCACGCGGCGGCCGCGCGCGUCAAGGCCGCGCAGCCGCGGGUGCUGGUGGAGGCCAGCGGGGGCUUCGGCCUGGAGAGCCUGGGCAGCUUCCUGGGGCCCCACGUGGACAUCGUGUCCAUGGGGUGCCUGACCCACAGCGCCCCCGCGCUCGACUUCGCCCUCAAGGUGGUGGGGAUGGGGAGUGGAAGUGAGGAAAAGUGAAAAUCCGACGUGGAAACCCCAAAAUUUCACCCAGAAACCCCAAAAUCCAGUGUAAAAUCUCGAAAAUCCAGCCUGGAAACCCCAAAAUCCAACCCGAAACCCUGGAGAUCCGUCCUGGAACCAAUAAUGUCCAACGUUGGACCUGUCAAACCUGGAACCCCAAAAUCCAACCUGGAACCCCACAAUCCAUCCUGGAAACCUCGAAAUCGAACCCGAACCCUGAAAUUUGGGAACCCCAAAAUUGAACCGGGGAACCCCAAAAAUCCAUCCCAGGAACGCCCAAAUUCCAACCUGGAACCAAUAAAAUCCAACGUGAAACGUAGAGACACCUGGAACCCUGAAAUCCGUCCCAGGAACCCCAAAAAUCCAACCUGGAACCCCAAAAAUCCAACCUGGAACCCCCAAAAUCCAACCCCCCAAACCCAGCCUGGAACCAAUGAAAUCCCGGGAACCCCAGAAUCCAUCCCUGAACCCCAAAAUCCGCCCCAGGAGCCCCCCAGCCCUGCAGGCCCUGCCCCGGUUCCUGGGGCCCCACGGGGCCGUCGUGUCCAUGGGGUGCCCGACCCACAGCGCCCCCGCGCUCGACUGCGCCCUCAGGGUGCUGGGGAUGGGGGACGGAGCCGAGGAACCCUGAAAAUCCAACGUGGGAACCCCAAAAAUUCACCCUGGAACCCUGAAAUUGAUAGUGGAACCCUGGAAAAAGUUAAAGAUAGAAUCUAAAAUGUUAGGCUUUGUGCUUUCCCAGAUCAACUGCACUUGCGUAAGCAGUAUGAUAAAUUAUAGAAUUGUUAGAUGUGAUGAUUGCUUAGUAAUUAAAUGUAAUUAUUAUAUAACCAUAAGAAGGAUAGUGAGAAACUAUGUUGGAAAUUCAGAGAGGGGCUAAAUUUAUGUGUACAAUAGAACAAUAUAAGUUUAAUAAUUGACAUGAAAGUUAUGUAACGAUAGAGUAUAAAACAUGAUCAUUUCGGAUGUAUGGUCGGAGUAAGAUUUGGGUUGAAUAUACCCCGAUUGCCAGAGCUCUUAAUAAAAGGCACCGCAUAUAA